AUGACCCCUCCAGAAUCCGGCUCUCCGGAGUUGAGGAUGGCUAGGAACUUCCAUGAGCAACAACAUGGUAGAUCGGCGUCAACUUCGCUAGUGGCAACAACUGAAACUCCGAAGCAAACGGAACUAGGGGGGAGUCUGGUACCUGCUCUAGGUCAACCACCACCGCAACAAGCGCAGCGGAGACCGCCGAACUUGCUAUUAAAGAAAAAUGGGAAAGAAGCUUUCAAGUCCUUUUCCUACGAUAUGUGUAGUAGCAGUAUACCUGUUUCUCCACCUCCCUCGACCCCGCCUCCCGGCUCGGUCCAGCCUUCGUAUUUAGGAACUGCACAAUAUCCGAAUAAUCUUCUCCAGCAGGCUCAGCCUGAUGUGUCUCCUUCACUACGCCCAGGUCCGCCAGUGAAGGCGCAAAGUUUUACUACGCCACUGGAUACGAAUGUACCACCGCUUACUCCUGCUCAGCAGAGGCUUGUUGGAGGGAGAACUCCUAAUGGAUCGCCUAUUCUUCCCCCACUUCCCUCAUUUCAAUCCGGUGGAUUUGGUUUCGAUAACCUCGACGACCCGUUUUCGAAACCGAAGCCAUCGCCGACUUAUCCGGGCCGGAGUAAAUAUAAGCCAGCUUCAUUCUCCGCUCCGCCGGAACCUUCUGAGAAUACUUCUACUCCACCAUCACGUUGGUCGCGACAGGCCAUGCCCCAUCAAUCCCAGCAGGUCGAGGAGCCGCAAAAAUCUCAGGAAUCGGAGGCCAAUGAGGUCACUCCCGAACCGAUGUCAUUUCACGCAAUCACGGCUGAAGAGCCUAUCGUACUGCCCUCAUCAUCUGAAACAUCACCUCAACCAUCCCCGGAACUUAAUGGCGCAGAGUUCGCCGAACCACCCCCGAAACCACAAGUGAAUAGAAAGUCGAAUGAAAGGGGCUCUUUCUUAGGUGGGUGGAAAUUGGCGUUGAUAAAUUCGAGAGGUGCAAGUGCUAGCCCUGAGGAUGUGAAGGCAGCUAGCCCCGACGGUGAUGCGCCGGUAGGCGUUGGUGACGGUGGUGGGUGGAUCCACAGGCGGAAGGGGAGCUUUUCGAGUACCCGGCCCCCAAGCGCCGAAAAGUCUAAGUAUAAGCAAUUCGGACAGGAGUACAAAGAAUUCCGGGCACAAAAAAAGGCGGAGAGCGCUGCGUCUUCAAAGAGAACCUCAAAGCAGAAUAGCGUUCCUACAAGUCCGAUAGAAGGAACAGGGGUUAGUGCGAUAUUGGGCGGCGCCGGUUCUUCGAAGGAUGCAUCCGGGGAGAAAAUGAAGUCUUCUGAGGCUCGUCAGAUACAGCGGGCAGAUGAGAGCGGCGUGGAUGCGAAUGAGAUUGUCGGGCUCGAUGUCGCAGUUAGGCAGAUGAAUCUACUUGAGCGACAGCUUCGAUCCGGCCAGCCGUUGAGUCCACCUGAUUCUAGGGACGGUGAAACUCGCCCUGUAGAAUUGGACAAAGGAUACCUUGCCAACUCUGAGCAGAGUAGAGCAAGUAGUUCUCUGCCAUCCCCCACCGAAGGCCUGAAAGGUCAAAAUCCUGUCCCCGGGCCACCACCAGCCCACAAAAAGAAAGAAUCUAAGGGGAAGUCUCGCUCCCCCCUCCGUCACGAGAUUGACUCCUCUUCUGCCCCUUCUUCCCCUUCAGCCCCCGUACCACCAUCUACAGGGAAAGGUAAAGGCAAGGAAGUAGGCAGCAAACAUGCUCAAGAAGGUUCAAAGGGCUCCUCGAGACACCCCGCGGACCCGCAAUACCCCCCGCCAUCAGAAUACCUCGGACAAACGAAGGGCUCCGUAGCCGGGGCUGGAAGUAGUAGCUCUGCGGCGGGUCCGUCUGCCCCGUCGAAACCGGUUGCCAAGUUGUUCGUUAUCUGCUGCAGAUGUAAAUACUGGCACGACCUUCCAAGCAUAAUGUACAGAGCCAUGGUUGAGAAUGGCGGCGCUACCAGGUGUCCGUAUUGUCUACAUGGCAUGGAGGCUGCGUGUUGCUCUGGAUAUACUUGCGUCGUAUACAUGCACCAAAAGCACCACGGUCUCGGUAUUUAACGUUGGAGAAAUGUGUUUUGGAGUAGUCUUUUAAAAAAGGGGGAUUUUGCACAUAGGGAUAGAGAGCGUUCGCUUUGUAAAUUUACUGCCAUUUUCUUUUCUCUUCUUUUUGCUACGUGGGCUAUGAUGUUGGCGACUUGGGUUGGAUCGAAUGAGGGAAUUUAUAGUGUGCAUACAUGGCAUUGUUGGAAAAGUAAUGGGAUUUAUGGGUUCAUGGGGUGUCACUCGGGAGUCUUAACUGGGGGGCGGUUUUGUGGGGGGGGGUGGCUGGGAGACGGUAUGAUAUCAAAACAAGCCUUUUCUGGUGUUUACU